ACGGUGUUCGGCCUUGAGGGGCGCCCGGCCGUCUCCUGAGGGGGCUGAGGGAUGGUUUUCGUGGGGAAAGAGCUCUCCGGUGCCGUCUCCAGCGGCCUCUCGUGGUCCUGUGGAGCAGGUUUUUCCUGCAUCUCGAAUUAGGACUCUGGGUGGUUAAUGGAAGGAAUCAGCAUAUGGGAAUCUUCUCAGCAGCUGGUUCCUGCUGUUCCCAGGAAAGGUGAUGCAUCUGCAAGGUAAAAACAUGUCCUGAAGCCUGCAGCUUUCCAUGGACUUUGGAUAUUUCAGUGUUGAGGGUCUUCCUGUUAUGCCUCUGGCAUGGGAAUGAAAAAAUAUUCAUGAGGAGUGUUAAAAAUCAAUUUUUCAGAGCAGUAUUUUAGUGACACAACAUCUGGCUGACCUGAGCUGAAGCCACAGACCCCUGAUGGCUCCUGGAGGAAGCAGUGACAGGAAAAGUAUUUUUUUCUGAAGUCUGCUCCAGUGGUUUCCAGUCUGCUCCAGUGGACCUGAGGGUGCCACCACCCCGUGUCUGCUCCAAAGGGUCUCAGCUCAAUUCCCAACCACUCCCCAGGCACGUUUGUCGCUCCAGUUGCACUCCAGGAAGAUCCACGUGGAUACUUUGGAAUUAAUUAAGUGCUCCCAUGCUGCUACUUGGAGGUUUUAGCAAAUGAGGUAAUUUUCAUUUGCUGUUUGAAAUUAUUUGCUGAUGAUUUCUACUUCCCUGUGCUCACCUGCAGCCCCCAGGUGAAACACAACAGUUUUGGGGUAGCCGUGUCCAGCAAACCCAGAGGCCACACGCACAGAAAUCAGCGGGAGCAUUGUCAGGCUUCUCCGUGCAGGUGAAUCACUAAGUCCUGGUGGGAUUUCUCGACGUUGUUGGGAGGAGUUUUUUGUGGCAUCGGCGUUUUCUGCCUCGGACACACGGUGGCGAUGGAAAUCACCUUUUCCUCCAGAUCUUCGGGCUUUGGACUGCUCAGUAACCACACGUGUGUGUCCCCGAGCAUGGAAAGAUAAAAUAUUUUUGUUCAAUCCCAAAUAACCGCUGACAUUUCAAGCGGCCGAGGCUCCAAAGAAUCCGGAAAACUUUCUCGGCAUGAGUGGUGCCAGGCUGGCAGUGUCACCGACCCCCUCACCCGGGUUGAUCUGUCCUGUGUUUGCACUGGGGGUGUUCUUCAGAGCCUGGUCAGGAGAGGUGGAACCAGCCUGUGGCGUCACAAAAGUUCGUUUUGGAAGUGGCUCACUGCUCAGAUUGCACGGAUAUCAAGAGUGUUGAGAGCUCAGUUUGGAGGUGCCAUGGAGGAAUCUUCUGAAGCCAAUAAAGCCCUGGACACGAACGCUCACUCCCGCUUCAUCAUUGGCUCUGUGUCAGAGGAUAACUCAGAGGAUGAGACCAGCUCCUUGGUGAAAAUUGAUCUGCUGGAGGAGAAGGAGAGGUCUUUGUCACCUGUGUCUGUCUGCUCUGAUUCCCUCUCGGACCUGGGGCUUCCAAACACUCAGGAUGGCCUGGCCAGCCAUAUGAGGCCCAGCAUGUCUGGUUUGCACCUUGUCAAGCAAGGCCGGGACAGGAAGAAGGUGGAUGUGCAGCGAGAUUUCACCGUGGCUUCUCCAGCAGAAUUUGUUACUCGUUUUGGAGGGAAUAAAGUUAUUGAAAAGGUCCUGAUAGCAAAUAAUGGCAUUGCAGCAGUGAAGUGCAUGAGGUCCAUCCGGCGCUGGUCCUACGAGAUGUUCAGGAACGAGAGGGCCAUCAGGUUCGUGGUCAUGGUCACUCCUGAGGACCUGAAAGCCAAUGCAGAGUACAUUAAAAUGGCAGAUCACUACGUGCCCGUCCCAGGAGGACCCAACAACAACAACUAUGCAAAUGUGGAGCUCAUCCUCGAUAUUGCCAAGAGGAUUCCAGUGCAGCUCUUCAGACAGGUUCAAACUGAAGUCCCAGGCUCUCCCAUCUUUGUGAUGAGGCUGGCCAAGCAGUCCAGGCACCUGGAGGUGCAGAUCCUGGCAGACCAGUAUGGCAAUGCCAUCUCCCUCUUCGGCCGGGACGCUCCGUGCAGCGCCUGGCACCAGAAGAUCAUUGAGGAAGCCCCAGCCUCUAUUGCAACCUCAACAGUGUUUGAGCACAUGGAACAGUGUGCAGUGAAGCUUGCCAAAAUGGUGGGGUACGUGAGUGCAGGCACUGUGGAGUACCUGUACAGCCAGGAUGGCAGCUUCUACUUCCUGGAGCUGAACCCACGCCUGCAGGUGGAGCAUCCCUGCACUGAGAUGGUGGCAGAUGUCAACCUGCCAGCAGCACAGCUCCAGAUUGCCAUGGGGAUCCCCCUCCACAGGAUCAAAGAUAUCCGGGUGAUGUAUGGAGUUUCUCCCUGGGGUGACACAACCAUUGAUUUUGAGAACUCAGCCCAUGUCCCCAGUCCCCGUGGCCACGUCAUUGCUGCCCGGAUCACCAGUGAGAAUCCUGAUGAGGGAUUUAAGCCCAGUUCUGGCACAGUUCAGGAGCUGAAUUUCCGCAGCAAUAAGAAUGUGUGGGGCUAUUUCAGUGUGGCUGCUGCAGGAGGGCUCCAUGAAUUUGCUGAUUCCCAGUUUGGUCACUGCUUCUCCUGGGGAGAGAACCGUGAAGAAGCCAUCUCAAACAUGGUGGUGGCUCUGAAGGAGCUGUCCAUCCGAGGGGACUUCAGGACCACUGUGGAAUACUUGAUCAAGCUGCUGGAGACAGAGAGCUUCCAGCAGAACCGCAUUGACACGGGCUGGCUGGACCGGCUCAUCGCUGAGAAAGUGCAGGCUGAGAGGCCUGACACCAUGCUGGGGGUGGUGUGUGGGGCCCUGCACGUGGCAGACGUGAGCUUCCGAAACAGCGUCUCCAACUUCCUGCACUCCCUGGAAAGGGGCCAAGUCCUCCCUGCUCACACUCUGCUCAACACGGUGGACGUGGAGCUCAUCUACGAGGGACGGAAGUAUGUGCUGAAGGUGACCAGGCAGUCUCCCAAUUCCUACGUGGUCAUCAUGAACAGCUCCUGUGUGGAAGUCGAUGUGCAUCGCCUGAGUGACGGGGGGCUGCUCCUCUCCUAUGAUGGCAGCAGCUACACCACCUACAUGAAAGAAGAAGUGGACAGGUAUCGCAUCACCAUUGGGAACAAGACCUGUGUGUUUGAGAAGGAGAAUGAUCCCUCCAUCCUGCGCUCGCCUUCCGCUGGGAAGCUGAUCCAGUAUGUGGUGGAGGAUGGGGGACAUGUGUUUGCAGGCCAGUGCUUUGCAGAAAUUGAGGUGAUGAAAAUGGUGAUGACAAUAACAGCAGGAGAAUCUGGCUGCAUCCACUAUGUCAAACGCCCAGGGGCAGUCCUGGAUCCAGGCUGUGUGAUUGCCAAGCUCCAGCUGGAUGAUCCCAGCAGGGUUCAGCAGGCUGAGCUGCACACGGGUACCCUGCCCCAGAUCCAGAGCACAGCGCUGCGGGGUGAGAAACUCCAUCGCAUCUUCCACUACGUCCUGGACAACCUGGUCAAUGUGAUGAAUGGGUACUGCCUGCCAGAGCCCUUCUUCAACAGCAAGGUGAAGGGCUGGGUUGAGAGAUUAAUGACAACCCUGAGGGAUCCAUCUUUGCCCCUGCUGGAACUUCAGGACAUCAUGACCAGUGUUUCUGGACGGAUACCACCCAAUGUAGAGAAGUCCAUCAAGAAAGAGAUGGCCCAGUAUGCCAGCAACAUCACCUCAGUCCUCUGCCAGUUUCCCAGCCAACAGAUUGCCAACAUCCUGGACAGCCACGCAGCCACCCUGAACCGCAAAUCAGAGCGCGAGGUUUUCUUCAUGAACACUCAGAGCAUCGUGCAGCUCGUGCAGAGGUACCGCAGUGGCAUUCGGGGCCACAUGAAGGCUGUGGUGAUGGAUCUGCUCCGGCAGUACCUGAAGGUGGAGACUCAGUUCCAGCACGGUCACUAUGACAAGUGUGUCUUCACCCUUCGUGAGGAGAACAAGAGUGACAUGAACGCGGUGCUGAACUACAUCUUCUCCCAUGCCCAGGUCACCAAGAAGAACCUGCUGGUUACAAUGCUCAUCGACCAGCUCUGUGGCCGUGACCCCACCUUGACAGAUGAGCUGAUCAAUAUCCUGACAGAGCUGACCCAGCUCAGCAAGACAACCAACGCCAAGGUGGCCCUGCGAGCACGGCAGGUUCUCAUUGCUUCCCACCUGCCCUCCUACGAGCUGCGUCACAACCAGGUGGAGUCCAUCUUCCUGUCGGCCAUCGACAUGUACGGGCACCAGUUCUGCAUUGAGAACCUGCAGAAACUCAUUUUGUCUGAGACAUCCAUCUUUGAUGUGCUUCCCAACUUCUUCUACCACAGUAACCAGGUGGUAAGAAUGGCAGCUUUGGAGGUGUACGUUCGGAGGGCAUACAUUGCCUAUGAGUUAAACAGUGUCCAGCACCGCCAGCUGAAGGACAACACCUGCGUGGUGGAGUUCCAGUUCAUGCUGCCCACCUCCCAUCCCAACAGAGGGAACAUCCCCACGCUAAACAGAAUGUCCUUCUCUUCCAACCUCAAUCACUAUGGGAUGGUGCACGUGGCCAGCGUGAGCGACGUGCUGCUGGACAACUCCUUCACUCCCCCGUGCCAGAGGAUGGGUGGCAUGGUCUCCUUCCGUACCUUCGAGGACUUUGUCAGGAUCUUUGAUGAAGUCAUGGGAUGCUUCUGUGACUCUCCCCCGCAGAGCCCGACGUUCCCUGAGGCCGGCCACGCUUCCCUGUAUGAUGAAGACAAGAGUGCCCGGGAGGAGCCCAUCCACAUCCUGAACGUGGCCAUCAAAACCGACAGCGACGUGGAUGAUGAUAGCCUGGCUGCCAUGUUCAGGGAGUUCACCCAGAGCAAGAAAUCAGUCCUGAUUGAGCAUGGCAUUCGAAGGCUGACUUUCCUUGUGGCACAAAAGGACUUCAGGAAACAGGUCAACUAUGAGGUGGAUCAGAGAUUCCAUAGGGAAUUCCCAAAGUUCUUCACGUUCCGUGCCCGGGAUAAGUUUGAGGAGGACAGGAUUUACAGGCACCUGGAGCCAGCCCUGGCCUUCCAGCUGGAGCUGAACCGCAUGAGGAACUUCGACCUCACAGCCAUCCCCUGUGCCAACCACAAAAUGCACCUGUACCUGGGGGCUGCCAAGGUGGAGGUGGGCACAGAGGUCACAGACUACAGGUUCUUCGUCAGGGCCAUCAUCAGGCACUCAGACCUGGUGACCAAGGAAGCCUCCUUUGAGUACCUGCAGAACGAGGGUGAACGUUUGCUGCUGGAGGCCAUGGAUGAGCUGGAGGUGGCUUUCAACAACACCAACGUGCGCACGGACUGCAACCACAUCUUCCUCAACUUCGUGCCCACUGUCAUCAUGGACCCCUCCAAGAUCGAGGAGUCGGUGCGCUCCAUGGUGAUGCGCUACGGGAGCCGCCUCUGGAAGCUGCGGGUGCUGCAGGCUGAGCUGAAGAUCAACAUCCGCCUGACACCCACGGGGAAGGCCAUCCCCAUCCGCCUCUUCCUCACCAACGAGUCGGGAUAUUACCUGGACAUCAGCCUCUACAAGGAGGUGACAGACUCCAGGACGGGACAGAUCAUGUUCCAGGCAUAUGGAGAUAAGCAGGGACCACUCCAUGGGAUGCUGAUCAACACUCCCUACGUGACCAAAGACCUGCUGCAGUCCAAGAGGUUCCAGGCACAGACUUUAGGGACAUCAUAUGUCUAUGACAUUCCUGAGAUGUUCAGGCAGUCUUUGAUCAAGUUGUGGAAUUCCAUGAACGAGCACGCGUUCCUGCCGCCGGCUCCGCUGCCCUCGGACAUCCUGACCUACACAGAGCUGGUUCUGGAUGACCAGGGCCAGCUGGUGCACAUGAACAGGCUGCCAGGAGGAAACGAGAUUGGGAUGGUGGCCUGGAAGAUGACCCUGAAGACCCCGGAGUAUCCAGAGGGCCGGGAUAUCAUUGUCAUUGGCAAUGACAUCACCUACAAAAUUGGCUCCUUCGGGCCCCAGGAGGAUGUGCUGUUCCUGAGGGCAUCUGAGCUGGCCCGGGCUCAGGGCAUCCCUCGGAUCUACGUGGCAGCCAACAGUGGGGCCAGGAUUGGCCUGGCCGAGGAGAUCCGGCACAUGUUCCACGUGGCUUGGGAAGACCCAGACAACCCCUACAAGGGGUACAAAUACUUGUACCUGACUCCUCAAGAUUAUAAGAAAGUCAGCGCCCUCAACUCUGUUCACUGUGAACACGUGGAGGAAAAUGGAGAGUCCAGGUACAAGAUAACGGAUAUUAUCGGGAAGGAGGACGGGCUUGGAGUAGAGAACCUCAGAGGAUCUGGCAUGAUUGCUGGAGAAUCAUCUUUAGCCUAUGAUAGUGUUAUCACCAUCAGCUUGGUUACGUGUCGAGCAAUUGGGAUUGGGGCUUACAUUGUGAGGCUGGGCCAGAGAACCAUCCAGGUGGAGAACUCCCACAUCAUCCUCACGGGCUGUGGGGCCCUCAACAAAGUGCUUGGACGGGAAGUUUACACCUCCAACAACCAGCUGGGAGGGAUCCAGAUCAUGCACAACAACGGGGUGACACAUGACACUGUCUGUGAUGACUUUGAAGGAGUCUACACCAUUCUGCAGUGGCUUUCCUACAUGCCAAAGAAUAUCCACAGCCCUGUGCCCAUGCUGAAAGCCAAGGAUCCCAUAGACAGAACCAUUGACUUUGUUCCCACCAAGACCCCCUACGACCCUCGCUGGAUGCUGGCUGGACGCCCCAACCCAAAUCAGAAAGGGCAGUGGCUGAGUGGGUUCUUUGACCAUGGCUCAUUUAUGGAGAUCAUGCAGCCCUGGGCACAGACAGUCGUGGUGGGGAGAGCAAGGCUGGGAGGAAUACCUGUAGGAGUGGUUGCUGUGGAAACGAGGACGGUGGAGCUCAGCAUUCCUGCUGAUCCUGCAAACCUGGACUCAGAGGCCAAGAUAAUCCAGCAGGCUGGGCAGGUGUGGUUCCCUGACUCUGCCUUCAAAACAGCCGAGGCAAUCAAGGACUUCAACAGAGAAGGGCUGCCCCUGAUGGUCUUUGCAAACUGGAGAGGCUUCUCUGGGGGAAUGAAAGACAUGUAUGACCAGGUGCUGAAGUUCGGAGCGUACAUCGUGGAUGGUCUGCGGGAGUACCGGCAGCCCGUGCUCAUUUACAUCCCGCCGCAGGGGGAGCUGCGCGGCGGCUCCUGGGUGGUCAUCGACCCCACCAUCAACCCCCGGCACAUGGAGAUGUACGCGGACAGAGAGAGCAGAGGAGGGAUCCUGGAGCCGGAGGGGACGGUGGAGAUCCGCUUCCGCAGGAAGGACCUGGUGAAGACGAUGCGCAGGGUGGACCCCGUGUACAUCAGCCUGGCCGAGCGCCUGGGAACCCCCGAGCUGAGCCCGGCUGACAGGAAGGAGCUGGAGGCCAAGCUGAAGGAGAGGGAGGAGUUCCUGAUCCCCAUGUACCAGCAGGUGGCCAUGCAGUUCGCUGACCUGCACGACACCCCCGGCAGGAUGCAGGAGAAAGGAGCCAUCACCGAUGUGCUGGACUGGAAAACCUCCCGGACCUUUUUCUACUGGCGGCUGCGGCGGCUGCUGCUGGAGGAGGCUGUGAAGAGCAAAAUCCACGAGGCCAACCCCGAGCUGACAGAUGGGCAGAUCCAGGCCAUGCUGCGCCGCUGGUUCGUGGAGGUGGAGGGGACAGUGAAGGCUUACCUGUGGGACAGCAACAAGGACCUGGUGGAGUGGCUGGAGAAGCAGCUGACGGAGGAGGAGGGCGUUCGCUCGGUGGUGGAGGAGAACAUCAAAUACAUCUCCAGGGAUUAUGUGCUCAAGCAGAUCCGGGGCCUGGUCCAGGCCAAUCCCGAGGUUGCCAUGGAUUCCAUCGUGCACAUGACCCAGCACAUCUCCCCCACCCAGCGAGCCGAGGUCGUGCGGAUCCUCUCCACAAUGGACUCGCCUUCUUCCACGUAAGAGCAUCGAUCCCCACCCCGCCCCUGCCCGGCGCCGCCAGGAGGAACCCGGAGCUGGGAACUGCCCUUUGUCUGCUCCGCUGCCACGGGGAGGCUCAGGGAACGCUGCUGCAGUGACAGUUUUAUUUUUUCAAAUCAGGCUGACCAGAGGAAGCGUGUCCUUUGGCCAGGGACACGAGGAAAACGUAUAAACACAAGCGCCUGCCUGCGGAACUGAGUCCCCUUCUGUACCUUAUUUAUUGACCAGAGUGGGGCUGGGUGCUCUGGUACCGUGAGGCCUUGGCACAGCAGGACCCUGCAGGGACACCUCUGUCCUUCCAGGGACACCCCUGGCCUUGCACAGGGACACCCCUGGCCUGGCAGGGACUCCCCUGUCCUUGCACAAGGACACCCUGCCCUCCUCUCCUCCCCCGUGCCCGGCAGCAGCAGCAGC